UUUCUGCCUCUCUGAGAAAGGCUCUGCCUUACCUGGGAGAAGGGGAAGCAGUUCAGCACUUGUGGGAGUAUAUUAGCUGCUGUAAGAUGAACAUGGGGGACACGGUGCUACCGCAGGGCACCCUGCUCAGGACAGCUCGUUUCCAGCUGUUCAAGUUCAUCAUGAGGAGYGAAGCCAGAAGAUUAAGAACUUUUUGGCAGUGGCCGGAUAGCUCGCCCGUGUCUGCCCGGGACUUGGCCAAGGCCGGCUUCUUCUUCGUGGGUCCUGGCGAUGAAGUGCAGUGCUUCUGCUGYGGAGGCAUCCUCAAGGACUGGGUACCUGGCGACUGCCCCAUCGUAGAGCACCUCAGGUUCUUCCCUUCCUGUAAAUUUGUUCGUGGUGAGGAUGUUGGGAGCCAACAGGUGUUUGCUUUUGAGGAGAUAUUUGACUGUGUGGAUGGGCAGUUCCUCAGUUUCUUGCAGAGGAUGGACAGUGAGGAGACUGCCCUUCCCAAUCCACCGGAAUACCCAGAGAUGGGAGUAGAGGAAAUGAGACUGUCUACAUUUGAGAGCUGGCCACAAUACACAGAGGUGCAUCCUCAGCAGCUCGCUAGGGCAGGAUUCUUUUACACAGGCCAAGGUGACAUGGUGAGGUGCUUUUACUGUGAUGGAAGUGUGAGAAACUGGGAGUUUGGAGAUGACCCUUGGAGAGAACAUGCAAAAUGGUACCCAAGGUGUGARUUUUUGUUGCGAUCAAAGGGAAGAGAAUUUGUUAAUGGUGUCCAGGAGUCCUUUUUCAGCACUGCAGUCUCCCCAAGAGAUUCCUGGCACCAGGCUGACCAGGAUUCUUCUGCUUCCCAAGAUAUGGUGAGAAAUGGGGAAUUGCAGUCUCCUCCUCUGGAGGAGUCUUCUAUACUGCAGAAUAUCCUGCAGAUGGGCUUUGACCCUGCUCUGGUGGCUACCGUGGUAGGGAAUAAGUACUUGCUGACUGGGACCUGCUACCUUUCUGAGUCUGAACURGUUUCUGAGCUGCUUCAGACAGACUGGGGAGGGAGCAGCAGUGCACAAGAAACAAGAGCUUCUGAUCAGAGAGAGWGUGAAAGAUCCGGUUCAAGAGAAGAAACACAACCUGUGCAACAAAAGGAAUCAGCUGAGGUGCCACUGAGCACAGAAGAGCAGCUGCGGCGCUUGCGAGAGGAGAAGAUGUGCAAAGUGUGCAUGGACAGAGAUGUGUCUGUUGUCUUUGUGCCUUGUGGCCACCUGGUAGCUUGUGCAGAAUGUGCACCCAACCUGAGACUGUGUCCUAUCUGCAGAGCAGUCAUCCGGGGAAGCGUGAGGACUUUCAUGUCCUGAAGUAAAAGAUUUUUCCAACCUGUGUUGUCAGCAUGAUGAUCUUGUCUAGACAGAAGGUGGAAGACUCUUUGAUCUGGUUUCCUGGAUGAUCUCCUGCAAGCUUGCUGUAAAGCCUCUCCAGGCUAUUGGAGACUGUCCUGCUGGAAGACAGUUGUGGAAACUUACCCUUUUUUAGGACUUCUCUUUGCUGGCUAAACUGAUGGCUCUUAGCYCAACUGUGGUAUUUCACCAUGUACCCCUUCUCAAAGAAAGACAGCUUUGUCAAUAAUACAGCUUGUUAAUAGGUUAACUGGC